AUGCACAUCCGUCAGAGAUCGACCAUUGAUGUCGAGUUAACGCUCGCGUCUCUUACUCUUGCCGAGAAGAUAUCUCUCCUAUCAGGAUCUGACUUUUGGCAUUCUGCCGCUAUUCCAUCUCAUGACAUCGCUGCCAUCAAAUGCACCGACGGUCCCAAUGGUGCUCGUGGCGGUCGGUUCUUCAAUCCAGUACCAGCAUUAUGUAUUCCCUGCGGAACUGGUCUCGGUGCAACAUGGAACCCAGAGCUUCUCUAUGCGGCAGGUCAACUUCUCUCUCGUGAAUGUGAAGCAAAAGGCGCCCAUGUGUGGUUAGGCCCAACAGUUAACCUUGUUCGAGGCCCCCUUAAUGGUCGUGGAUUUGAAAGUUUCUCUGAAGAGCCUUAUUUGAGUGGAGUGAUGGCUACGGCUAUCAUCAACGGAGUACAGAGCAGAGGUACAGCGGCAGCAUUAAAACAUUUUGUUGCAAAUGAUCAAGAAACCGCCAAAAUGUCAGUCGAUAUCUGCAUGUCAGAAAGAGUACUGAGAGAAGUGUAUCUCAAACCUUUCCAGAUGGCGGUUCGAGAUGCUAAGCCAAAGGUCGUCAUGUCUUCAUAUAACAAGGUUAAUGGAGUUCACGUUUCUGAGAGCAAAAGGCUUCUGCAGGAUAUUCUGCGAGGAGAAUGGCAAUAUAAUGGAUUGGUAAUGAGUGACUGGUACGGUACAUAUGGUUGCACUGAUGCACUCAACGCCGGUGUAGACAUUGAGAUGCCCGGUCCUUCCAGACAUCGUGCAGACAAAGCUAUAGUAGCAGUCGUAUCGGGAAAGGUUAGUAGAAAUACAAUAGACGAACGAGCAAGGAAAGUCCUUGAACUUGUCAACAACACAGCAGCAGCACGAGUAUCAGCAAAAGAGACGACUCGAGACUCGCCAGAUGAUCGAGCUCUUAACAGACGGCUAGCUACAGAGGGUGUAGUUCUGCUAAAGAACUCAAGCAAACUCCUGCCUCUUCAAGCUCAAGAUUGCGAGGAUGUUGCUAUAAUUGGGCCAAAUGCCAAACUCCCCGCUGCAUGUGGUGGAGGGAGUGCGAAUCUCCGGCCGUACUAUACAAGCUCUGUGUUUCAAGGGAUUCGAGACCAGUUGCCCUCGAAUGCGACCGUUCACUUUGAGCCUGGCGUUUUCGGACACGUUCUGCUUCCAUACUUCACUGGUGAUUAUGUAAAUGAUGAGAAUGGAAAUCCAGGUGUCUCGAUCUCUUUUUUCAAUGAACCCGAGUCUGUUGAGAAUAGAAAACCCUUCGAUCAACAAAAUAUACCAGACACGACUUAUCAACUAAUGGACUACAAUCACCUUGAUCAGAACGAAACAUUCUUCAUGUCAAUGAAAGCCAAUUUCACCCCCGAAAUCGAAGGCUUGUACGAAUUUGGUCUUGCUAGCUAUGGUAUCUCAAAACUGUAUGUCGACGACCACCUUGUCAUUGAUAAUGAGACAGUACAGAACCACGCUGGAAUGUUCUUCGGCCACGGAUCUACAGAGGUGCGUGGGGUAUAUAAGAUGAAGGCAGACCAGACCUAUCGCCUACGAGUGGAGGCUGGCAGUGCAUCGACGUCAAGGACCAGUGGCGGUUCAUUCAUUCCCAUACCGGGAGGAGCCUGUCGUCUCGGCGGUUGUCUCAAGCUUGAGCCAGCCGAAGGUAUCAGAAAUGCAGUCGCUGCGGCAAAGAAGUGUAAGCACACUUUCAUUGUUGUUGGCCUCAAUGCAGAUUUGGAAAAGGAGGGUAAAGAUAGAGAGUCUAUGUCCUUGCCACCUUACGUUGACGACCUCGUAUCAGCCGUUCUGGAAGCCCAACCCAACGCCAUCGUGGUAACACAAGCUGGAAACCCAAUUGAUAUGCCAUGGCGUCAUCAAGCGAAGACUAUCCUUCAUAGCUGGUAUGGCGGCAACGAAGCAGGCAAUGCUAUUGCUGAUGUGGUAUUUGGCAAGGUCAAUCCGAGUGGAAAGCUUCCAAUGACCUUUCCAAGCCGACUCCAGGACGGACCAAGCUUCUUGAGUUUCGGUAGCGACAAUGGCCGGAUUUAUUAUGCCGAAGAUGUAUUUGUUGGCCACCGCUGGUUUGAAGCCCGCGGUAUUGAAGUGGCCUUUCCAUUUGGUCACGGGCUUAGCUACACCACUUUUUCUACGUCCGGAAUCAAGAUGACGGGAAGCGAUGUGCUAGUUGAUAUCAAAAAUACAGGCCACAUGGCUGGUGCUGAGGUGAUUAUGCUGUACAUUUCCUUUGACGCUUCAAAGUCGGGUAAGAAGUCGCGAUUCCAACGGCCUGUUCGAACUCUCACCGGGUUUCAAAAGGUCUUCCUUGAGCCGGGACAAGAAGCUUCCGUGGUCAUGACUUUGGAUAGAUACAGCACUGCGGUGUGGGAUGAAAUCGCGGGUAGUUGGCUGUGUGAAGCGGGGACAUAUAUGGCCUCGGUUGUGAGCUCUAGCGGAACUUUGGAAGCCAGCUUUGUCGUGGAGCGGGACAUUUAUUGGAACGGAGCAUAG